AUGUCAGCACUUGUUGCUACAGCUGUAAAGAAACAAGAUUUUAAAACUUGUGAACAAAGUUCCUUUUGUAAACGAAAUAGAGCUUAUGCUGAUAAGUCAACUGAGAAUCCUUCAUAUAUAUCUCCUUACUCUGUAAUUCAAGAUUCUAUUAUAAUCAAAGAUGGUAUAAUCUUUGGUGAUCUUAUUAAUUCGGAAAAUAAUAUAAAAUUUGUUUUUGAAUUAUAUUUGUUGGAAAUUGGUGCGACAAGAAUUAAAAUUAAUGAAAAGAGACCAUUAAAACCUCGUUAUGAUAGAGUAAAAGAUUGGGCCCUUGUUCAAGAACUAUCUAAUACAUUAGAAUAUAGUUUAAAUCCUUCUAAACCUGGGUUCACGUCAUUAUCUUUCGGUAAAGAAAGAAACCAAACGGUUUUAAUUUAUCAUUCCCCAUUUCGGGUUGAAUUUUUGGUCAAUGAUGUACCAACCAUCAUAUUAAAUGAUCGUGGUUUACUUAAUAUUGAACAUUUAAGAAAAAAAGACGAAGAUGUACCUAGUCCGGUUGAUCAAAGUAAUAGUGAAGAUAAUAAUAUUGUUAAAGAAGAAAAUGAUAUUGAUAAAGGUCUUUGGAAAGAAACUUUUAAUGGUAAAGAGGAUCCGAAACCAAAUG